GGGGAAACGAAUUUGGAGGCGGAAUGUGUGUAUUUGCGGCGGCGUUUGUGAAAUGCGCAUCUUGUUGCUGUUUGGAUCUCACAGCCUGGUGGAAUGGGCAGCUGCGAACCCAAAGCGUUCUGGGUUUCACUGCAGGAGAUAUCUUUGGUCCUCCUGGGAAGGUUUUAGCGUCGCAGAGUACUGGCGGGUCCAGGAUUCUCCCAGGACCUCCUUUUACAGAGGAUACUGAGGCCCGAGCAUUGUCCUACAUAAUGGUAGAGGAUGAACUGGCACUGUUCGAUAAAAGCAUAAAUGAAUUUUGGAAUAAAUUCAAAAGUACGGACACCUCCUGUCAAAUGGCAGGACUAACAGAUACCUACAAGGACUCCAUCAAAGCAUUUGCAGAAAAGCUGUCUGUGAAAUUAAAGGAAGAAGAACGAAUGGUUGAGAUGUUUCUGGAAUAUCAAAAUCAGAUCAGGAGGCAAAAUAAGCUCAUUCAAGAAAAAAAGGAUAACUUGUUAAAAUUGAUUGCUGAAGUAAAAGGCAAAAAGCAGGAAUUGGAAGUACUGACUGCAAAUAUCCAGGAUCUUAAGGAAGAAUAUUCUAGGAAGAAGGAAACUAUUUCUACUGCUAAUAAAGCGAAUGCAGAGAGGUUGAAAAGGCUGCAGAAAUCUGCAGACUUGUAUAAAGAUCGACUUGGACUAGAAAUUCGAAAAAUUUAUGGUGAGAAAUUGCAGUUUAUAUUCACUAAUAUUGACCCUAAGAAUCCUGAGAGCCCAUUUAUGUUUUCCCUGCAUCUAAAUGAAGCAAGGGACUAUGAAGUGUCAGAUAGUGCCCCUCAUCUUGAGGGCCUAGCAGAAUUUCAAGAGAAUGUAAGGAAGACCAACAAUUUUUCAGCUUUUCUUGCCAAUGUUCGGAAAGCUUUUACUGCCACGGUUUAUAAUUAAGAUGCAGAGCAUGCGUAAUGAAAUCAUGCGGAUAUUUGGCAGUCAUCACUUAAAGGUUCACAGUUGCUCCUUCACCAGAUCAUAAACACCAGAAGUUCCGGGGUCAGAUCCUCUCCCUCCUUUUGUCCUCCACUGUGUGCUUCAGGCAAGAGGACCCAGAUGACCCUAAUACACGUAUGCUGGUAAUGACAAUGACAACAUUCUGUGCAAGGACAGCCAAAGGAAUAAAUGUAUAACCAAAUGGCAUCAUGAAAUGCUCUUUAUGACUUUAUUUUGGCACAUGUUAUUUGCAUUGAAUAGUUAACAGUUUGUGCGGUCACAGAAAAUGUCCUACAGUCUGUUUUAUAAUUUCAUAAAAAUUGUAGCCACAGGUCAUUGCAGGUAUGUUAGACCUCUGUUCCCAAGUGCACACAAUGCAGGCCUUUCUUUUCCUAAGAAGUGUCAGGCUUGUCUCUGCAACAGCACCCUACUCAAGAAAGCCUAUCUAAACACUAGGUCAGCGAUACCUCACUGCAUCUGUCUUCUUUCACCAAAGAACUAUUGAAAUUGCCAAUCUGGGUACAAUUAUCAGGUACCUACAUUCACAAGAAAGUUAGGCUAUAAGCAAGAAAAAGAAAACACCCAGAUUCCUGUAUCCUUCAAAACAUUGCUAAAAAAUUUAUCUCCUUAAAUGAUUCUCAGAUUAACCCCAGUCCACUCCUGAUCUCUAAUCACAGCAGAAACCCAUAUGUUGCACACUGGUGCUAUAUAUCUGUUCAUUUUUAUUCCUAUGUAAAAUUCAUCAGCUUUUUGUUAACUACCCCUUUCAUGUGGGUUCCUCUGAAGUGGCCAAAAUGUCCAUCAGUCCCCACAAAUGUCUUUGGGGCUAGAGUUCACACACUCAGCACAAAGGCCAGGAGGCCCACCUCCCUGCCUCUUCUACCAUCUCCCCACCCCAAUUUCCACCCUCAAAGAACUUCGCCUCCAAAGUUGCUCCUGGUUUCCCAAGAUUUUGCCUCACACCCCAGACAGCCCUCUUCCCUCUGUGCAGCCACGCCUUUCCUUUCUCCUGUUAUUCUCCGAUAACAGAUCAGCAGAGGGAUGAAUGGAAAAUACCAUCUUAAUAAAAAUUACUAGUUUUUGAGCUCCUCCUGUGAGCAUUGUGCUAGCAUUUACUAAAUAAUAUUUCACCCUCAUAAAAACCCCAUGAGGUUAGUACCAAUAUCCCCAUUUUGCAGAUGAGAACACUAAAGUUGCCCCAGGUCCCUGUAAACAGCAGAGCUAAAUCUAAAUACAGGCCUUUCUGAAUGCAGAUCCUGUAUUUCCUGUCACUUUUCUUAACUGGGUUAAAGUGCACAUGUUUUCUAGGCCCUUAAAGAAUGACUGUUUUGGAGAGUACUAUUUUAGACACACUUCUUUUCCUAGGACACCAAAGCAAACAUUUCUAGGUAGUUGGAUUUUUCCAGAUCCCUCAAAUGACUUAUGAAGCUGACCCUAUAAGCUCUCCCACUAGAUUGUUCUAUGUCAUGAGAAAGGAAAGAAAGGCAAACAAGGCCAAGCGGACCAGAAACAAGUAUUCUAAAAAUAACCCUUUCAUCACUAAAUCUAGGAAACUGCACUCUGCAAACAUUUACCUCAUCCAUUAACGCUGCUGUGUCUUUCUGGCUCUUUGCAUCAGAGAAGGAGGAGUUGCUGGAGUAUGUUUUAAGCAUUCGUUCCAGGCCUGAAAAUGAAAUAAUGUUCUCAGUCACCUUUCACACUGUCUCAGUGGGACACAGCUGGGAGUCAGUCACUCUCAAAGGGAGCCUAGAAGUGAUACCAGUGAUUUUUUUUUUUUUUUUAAGACGGAGUCUUGCUCUGUCACCCAAGCUAGAGUGCAGUGGCAUGAUCUUGGCUCACUGCAACCUCUACCUCCCAGGUUCAAGCAGUUCUCCUCCCUCAGCCUCUUGAGUAGCUGGAAUUACAGGUGUGUGCCACCACAUCCAGCUAAUUUUUGUUCUUUUAGUAGAGACACAGUUUCAUCAUGUUGGCCAAGCUGGUCUCCAACACCUGACCUUGUGAUCCACCCGCCUUGGCUUCCCAAAGUGUUAGGAUUAUAGGCAUGAGCCACAGCACCCAGCCACCAGUAGGAUUUCUUAAAUGGCUGAGGGAGUCUCUGCAGGUAGUUCUUAAUAAAUCUGACUGAAUGAUAAAUGAACUGUUCGUUUACCUUUCUCUUCACUUAAUGAAAUUUGAGAAAUGCUGGUGCUUAAAGCAUCUUGAUUGUUAUGUUUCCAGAUGAGAUUUUGAAUUUCUUUCAGUUGACCCAUUCUAGCGAUUGCUAACAUUUACACAAUGUUGGCUUCUUCCUCAUUAUGGUAUUCACAUCACUAAAUAUUUUCUAUCUUGAAUUUGCUCUCUAGUAUUCCACUGCAAUGAGUAAUUGUGAUCCAUAUAAAACAAGCUACUGUGUAGACAUCAGAUCCACGAAUGUGGAGUCAUUUUUGUCAUCCAUGUUGCUUUAGAGCUGCUUCACAUUCUAAUACGCCUAACUUCUAUGUACAGAAUUUAAUUUGAAUGAUUUUUACAUUGUUUCAAAAGUCAAAAGACACAAACCAAAAAAAUCCUCCAAAACUCUUGUGCACAGUUGGUUUACCAUGUUCUAAACCAAACAUUAUUUCUCAUUCUAGCCAACUUCAGAAACACAGUUAAAAUGCUACAUUUCUGAAAAUAGUAGUAUAAUACUUAUAUAGGUUUCAUAAAUAGACCAAAAUGUGAUUUUCCUUUUUUUUUUUUUUUUUGGCUUUCUUCUUUUUUUUUUUUUUAUUCACACAAUUUAGGUUUGAUAUAUGGUUCUUUAAAUGAGAUGACCCCUGCCAAAUAGCAAAAGCAGAUUAAUCCUAACUCUGAAUGAAACCUCUGAGCAUAAUAUGGUCCCUUUUCUGGCCAUUCGAAGAGAUGGUUACACACCUUCCUUGUCUUUUGAGGCUUUUUCAAUGUCUCUCUGCAGUCUCAAUAAUUUUGGUUUUAUUAAAGACUUUCGUCUCUCUUUAUCCAUUGCACUGUUAGGAUCUUCUUCCUUUAGGAAAAAAGAAGGAUGUCUAACAAGGGGAAGAAGUAAGAGUUGCUAUUCCCUGUCCAUACUGAGACUUCCACUGGCUGCAUUUAAUUUUAACUUUACAAAAAAAAUUUUUUUAAGCAGGAUAAUCUUUAGUUUUACAUACAUCGUUCUACCUGUUCUAGACCUGAUGAAUAAGAAAAUACCUCCUUGUUCACAACUUGUAAGUCACAUGGCCGAGCACUUUUUAAUACAGCAAAUUAUUCUUUGAGGAUGGACCCUUGCUACAGUUAUUUCAUUUUCUUGAUAAAUCUAUUUGUUGUAUACUUACUGCUUCCUUAUUUACCUUUGUUCAAGUUAGAGUCCUUUAAUGGCCCAAAUGUAAUAUCAUGUAUGUGCUUCGGGCUAUGACUGCCUCAGGAGUGGAAGACAUUUUGACUGAGUUCUGUGUUGGCUCAGUACUGGGAAGAUGUGAGCUAAAACACAUAUGCUCUGCCCAGAAUGGGUUUAUGAUUUAGUUAGGCCUUGAAGCAUAACAUGAAAGAAACUAGCAAUACAAGACCACAUGCACUCACGAAUGGUACAGACACCACAAGUGGAGGCAGCUGAUGGCUUCAAGGAGGCAAGAAGACGUUAACUGUCUAGUCAACGAAAGAUGGCAAAGGGCACUCCAGACAGGAGAAAUGGCGGGAGCAAAGGGCUGAGGGAGGACUGUGGGAAAUGUGUCAGGAACAAUAAAGACACCUGUUGCAUGAGCAAAAAAAUAGUGGAAGAAAAAAUUGUUCAGGGAGUUAAGACUAGAUUUUAAGGCUGAUGUAGGAAUUUUAUCACAUAGGCUAUGAGGAAUCAUUCAUGAUAUCUGAGCUUUCACGUGCAUUAUUUCAAGGAUUGAAUAAAAAGAAUAGGAUGGUAGGGUUGGAGUGAGGAGGUUGCUAAACAUGAGUGGCAGAGGGACAGAAACCCAUGGAGAAAGAGGGGAAACUAAUGACUCAAGGUGGGAGGGGAGGAUGCCGGGCUUCUCUGACAAGGAAGGAGAAAAAUUAGGAUCCCGGCUGAGAGAUUACCUUUAGAUGGAGCUUCACAAACAAGAAGUGUGAGGAUUUAGAGCAAAGGGAAUAGCCUCUAUAAAAACAUAUACAGAUAAAAAUAUUUUAUUUACAUAUUUUGCAUUGUACAUUACAAAAGUUUAUAUUCUAGGCCAGGUGCGGUGGUUCCCACCCGUAAUCCCAGCACUUUGGGAGGCCAAGGUGGGUGGAUUGCUUGAGGUCAGGAGUUCGAGACCAGCCUGGCCAACACAUGGUGAAACCCUGUGUCUACUAAAAAUACAAAAAAUUAGCUGGGUGUGGUGGUGUGCACCUGUAAUCACAGCUACUUGGGAGGCUGGGGCCGGAGAAUCACUUGAACCCAGGAGCAGAGGUUGCAGUGAACUGACAUUGUGCCACUGCACUCCAACCUGGGCCACAGAGCGAGACUCCAUCUCAAAAUAAAUAAAUAAAUAAAUAAAAGUUUCUUUAUAUUAUUUAUUAUAUGCAACUCCUACAACUCAAUGGUUGGUUUUAUUUUCCUCAUUUUACCUGUGACACAGAUAAAUAAAAGAAGGCCCAAGCUGACCCCAAAUUCUCUACCACCCUUUCACAUAUCAGCCUACAGCUAAGGCGCAAGCUGACAUCACACCCCCUAGUAAACUCUGACUGAACUGCUAAGAUGCCUAACUAAAACCAUUAGUCCUUCCCUGUUGAAGGAAUGUUAGUCAUCACAUAGCUCCCGUACCAGUCCAAGGCUUCCCUUGGUUUGUUUGGGGACAUCUUUUGCUUAAACAUGUAUUUCCAGGGAUAGAUUGUUCCUGGGUCAGUUUCAGGAUGGGGUAUAUUGCCAUCGUUUAACUCUCACAUUUGUCCUUCUCUUCUAAAGAUUUGUUAGGAAGAAGGUCAGUACUGGAGGAGGCAUAUAAAAUUACAGAUACAAUCUUUUGAACGGCAUUUAUGGUAACCUUACAAGUAUUUUCACCAGGUCACCAGCCCUCCAAGUGUUGCACUCAGAUUGGUCUCUUUGUUGUCCCUGGUCCAUGUAAAUUUCGUAACACUGGAUAAAAACCAACCUACACUUACAAUGACUAUAAAGUCAGACACUGGGGUACUUUGCCUUAAAGAUGUCAAGAAAAUACUAUUCACUCAUUUUGAGACACAGUCCUUCCUCUUGGACGACAGAUACAUGGUUGUGAGUUCUGACACAGUGAAGUUUUAUAGAAACCAAAAAUUUCUCUGAACAUGCCAAUAAAUGAGAAGUCAUCAUGGCUGCCUCCUUACACUUUGGUAGAACCCUAGUCAAAUUUUCAAGGAGAAUAAUCUUCAUUUUACUGACAAGUUAUUUGAUAGGGGCAUUUUUAUUAUUAUUUGUAAGAAAAUAGUAGAUUUAUUUUAUUGUACAUUUUUCCAUCUCAGGCCCUGCCUACAUUAUUUGGAAGAAAAAAGAGCUUUCCCAAUGUAAUCAAAUCAUUUCCACUUCCAUUUCUACCUUGUUUCUGCAUUGAACAGACAUUGAUAUUGCUAAUAUGUUUCUCCUUUG